AAUGUUUUCAUUUUUAGUCAAGAAGAUAGGCAUGCUUAAUUAAGGAAAGGUGCAUAGUAUAGCUUGGAGUUAGGAGGAAGGUUGGAUAGCAAUAGGAGGAGAGUAAAUAAAAUUUAUAAAUUAGACAUGCGCCAUAAGGUUAAAAAAAAGGUUUAUUGAAAAUAAUAAAGUUGGAUGAUCAAAAAGCAGGAAUUCAAGGACAAGUAAAAAUAAUAUAUAAAUAUUAUUAAGUAAGCCAAAUUACCAUAUGAAGCAGCUUUGGAAUAACAUAUGGGUAAGGUGAAUAUAAUAAUAUGGAACGAGAGAUAUCAGAAAUUGACUACUAGUGAUGAUCAAGGAUAGAUAAUAGUAUGGGUAAAUUUAGGAGUAAAUAAUUAAUAUAUAUACAUAAAUAGAAUGAAUGGAUGGAAGAGAUGGUUAAUAAUAGGUAGAAAUCAAUUGUAACCGAUAUGAAAUGGUCACCUGAUGGAUUCAAAAUUGGAAUAAUCUAUGAAGAUGGAGCUGUUAUUAUUGGAUCGGUUGAAGGUAAUAGACUAUGGGGCAAAGAUUAUCAAUACAGAUUAGGAUUAAUUGAAUGGUCACCAGAUUCAAAAUUAAUGAUAUUGGGAACAGCAGAUGGACAAGUUAUUAUACAUGAUUAGAAUGGCAAUCAAUUAAAUUCAUUAAAAAUGAGUUGUUUAAUGGGAUUAGUUGAUCCCAAAAAUUAUUAUACUCCUAAUUAAUAAAUAGCAGCUGUCCAAUGGUAUGAAUAUGGAAAAAUGUAUACUGAUGAAACUCCUCCAGGAUUGCUAGUUGCAUAUACAUGUGGUAGAGUUUAAUUAAUGAAAAAUGAUAAGGAUGAGUCACCUAUAUUAAUUGAUACAGUCAUGACUAUAUCAUCUGUCAGAUGGAGUCCUAAUGGUUCUAUGUUUGCUGUUGCUGGUAGUGCAAAGGAUAAAGAUGAAUAAAGGGCAGUAGUGCAAUUCUAUUCCAAUAUGGGUGAUCAUCUAAAGACGCUGAGAGUUGCCAAUACUGACAAAGUUAAUAGUUUGAGUUUUGAAGGGGAUGGCUUGAGAUUAGUUAUGGGAGUUGGUCAAACUGUUUAUGUUGCCAAUCUCAAAUUAGAUUAUAAAUGGAGUUAUCUAUCAUAAUCUGAAACUCUUAUUUUUGCUUAUCAAAGAUAAGAUAGAAUGGAAUUUACUAUUAUCUUUUGGGAUACAAAAAGAGAAUAAAAAUCCAUAAGAUAUAUGAAAGGCUUACUUGAUAUCAAAGGUUCUAAUGAUUGUUGUGUCUUAAUAAGUCUUGUUGAAUAAGAUACUUGGAAGGUUGAACUUUGUAAUUCUAUUGGUAGUCCUUUAGAUACUAAAUUUAUAUCUAUUGAACCUAAAUAUAAUUGUAUGACUAAAACUCAUAUUAUUAUUGCCAAUAGUGAUUAUGUCUAUUUAUGGUAAUAUAGAAACUAAGUCUAAAGAUUAACCACCUUUGAAUCCAAUUAGAAUACAGGAAUCAGAAAAAUUGGUAAAGAAAUGGCUUGGUUUAUAGAUGAAAACCCAGAUAGUUAAGUAAUUUAUGAUAAGGAUACAUUUAAUUUAGAAAAAUAAACUGAUGAAACUAUUUGCGCAAUAUAAGCUAAUGAAAAUUAUUUGUUUAUUGGAAGAAUCAAUGGUAAUAUAUUAAAAUUUACAUUACCUUAUGUCAGUGUUGAACCAAAAUAUUUCUUAGAAAAUAGGCCAAAUAUUAUUAAUAUAAAUUGUAAUUCCACUCGAUUAUCUGUUAUUGAUGUUAUGGGGACUUUAUAGUUAUUAGAUAUUUCUGUUGGUGGUGGAAAAUUAUUAGAUUUUGAUAAGAAAGAAUGUUGGCAAGUUGUUUGGUCUGAUAAUGAUCCAUUCUAAUUUGCUGUGAUGGAAAAAGGUAGAAUCCAUUUAGUAAGAGAUAUUACUGCUGAUGAUCCUCUCCCUUGUGAUGCUUUCUUAUGCUCGUAAAUCUUAGUAUUAUUAUUAUUAGAUUUUCAGAACUUACUGUUAGAGGAGCAUUAUUAGAUGAUAUAAUGAUGAGUCCAGAUGGUUAAUUAAGAGCAGAUGAAUUGCUUGUAUAAUAUGAGAGUAGAUUAUUUAAAGAAAUCAAGGAGUCCAUUGAUAAAACUGCACCUAAAGAAAUGUUUGGUAUAAUCGAAAAAUAACCAGUAUUAUUAUGAUUUAUUAUAAAAUAGUCAAAUACUUUAUGGUAAUUAUUAGCAUAAAAGUCACUUGAAGAGUUAGAUUUUUCAGUAGCAGAAAAAUGUUAUUUGAAAUUAGAAGAUUAUGCUGGAUUGCAAUUUAUAAAAAGAAUUUUAGAUUAUGAUGAAAAAGAAAAAUAAAAAGCAGAAGUUUAUGUAUUUCUGAAAAAAUUUGAUGAAGCUGAGAAAAUAUUAAGAGAAAUUGAAAGAAAAGAUUUAGCUGUAUAAAUGAGAAUGAAAACUGGUGAUUAUUAAAGAGUGUUAUUUUUAUCUAAAGAUCUUGUAGGUGCAGAUGAAGUUACAGUUUAAACUUAAAAUAAAUUGGGAAAUUAUUAUUGUGAUCAAGGAGAAUGGGAAAAAGCAUAAUAAUAAUUUAAAUUAUCUAAUAAUAUUGAAAAAUUAAUAGAAACUUCAUUUAUGAUUGAAGAUUAUUAAACACUUGAAGAAUUAGCAAAUUCAUUAUAAGAAGGAAAUUCAUUUUUAUGUGAUUUGGGUGAAAGAUUUUAAUUAUUAGGAAUGGCAAAGAGUGCAAUCAAAUGUUUUGAAAAAGCAGGAGAUAUUAAAAAAGCUAUAGAUUGUGCUGUUUUACUUAAUGCUUGGAAUUUUGCUGUUGAAUUAGCUGAAAGACACAAUUUUGUAUAAAUUGAAGGAUUAUUACAAUAAUAUGCUGCUUAAUUAUUAGAAUAAAGAAUGAAAUUAGAAGCUGCUGAAUUAUAUAGAAAAGCCAAUCAUAAUUCAGAUGCUGCUCGUCUAUUAUCAUAAAUUGGUGAAGAUCUUAUUAAAAGUGAUUAAAGUCCACUUGUUGUAAAGAAAUUGUUUGUUAUGGCUGCAUUAGAAGUUGAUCUAUAUAAAAAGAAGUUAUAUGAUGUCACUAUGACUGCUUAAAAUAAUACAAUUGCUCAUACAUUAGAUUAAUUAGUUACCAAUGAUUUAAAUCAUUCUGCUGAUAAAGUACUCAAUAAUCCUUGGAGAUAAGCAGAAGCCUGGCAUUUCUAUAUUUUGACCCAAAAAUUCCUUUAUUCAGGAAACUAUAAAUGUGCAUUGUAAUAUAUAUAUCUAUUAUUAAUUAUAGAAAAUCAGCCAUUAGAUUAUGUGAAUUUGAAUUAGAUAUGGAUCCUAAAAGGAUUUAUUCAUUACUUGCACUUGCUGCUUAUUAUAAUAAAUCUUAUAAAGAAUGUGCCAGAGCUUUUGUGAAAUUGGAAAACUUGGAUAAUAUUACUGAAGAAGAGAGAGAAAGAUAUCAAUCAGUAGCUGCUUAAAUUUUUGUAAAGUAAAAAAAUAUUAUUAAAUAAUAGACAUGAACCAGAGGAUGCAGUUUGUGAUGCUAUACAAUGUCCAAAACCUUCUUGUGGUAAUAAAAAAAUUACAGAAUAGUAACUAAUAUUAUUAUUAUUUUAUUAGUUAAUUAUUUUGUAAAGAAUGUGGAACUAUUUUCGGAGUUUGUGUGGCUUCUGGAAAAUCUAUAUAUGGAUAGAAAUUUUACACUUGUAAAGCUUGCAAACACAAGAUGAUUGAUUAGGAAGUGUAAACUCAAGCAUUAAAAUUUUGUUCCCUUUGUCAUACACCAAUAGAUUUUAAUAGAUUUGGAAAACAUGGAGACAAAUAAUUAUGA